AUGGCGACGACCGCGACGACUCGCCAGAUGCCCGCUUGGCACCCUCCCAAGGGCCCGCGUGCGGGCGUCAAACUGCCGCCGCUCAAGAUCUACAACAGCUUGACGAGACAAAAAGACGCCUUCGUCCCCGCCGACGAGGAGGGCAAGGUGGUCACUUGGUACACUUGCGGCCCUACCGUCUACGACGACGCUCACCUGGGCCAUGCCAGGAACUACGUCUCGACUGAUGUCCUGCGAAGGAUUAUGCAAGACUACUUUGGCUUCCAGGUCAAGUUUGUCAUGAACAUCACCGAUGUUGACGACAAAAUCAUCCUUCGAGGCCGCCAGCAGCAUCUGUUGGGCAAGUUGCGAGCAGAGCACGCCCAAGUCGACGAAUUCGUCCUCUCAACAACCAAGGCCGGCUUUGACCAGUACAUCAAGAAGAAUCUGCCGCUCUUGCCCGCCGAUAUCAAGCCAGAGAACUAUGGCGCAGAGGUCGACAAGGCCUACAAGAGUGUUCUUGAGGGCAAGACGCUGGACGGCGACAACGAGCCUGCUGGCGACAAGGAAGCCAAAAUCAAGAUGCACAUCACCACUGCUGCUGGCGCGGCAGAGGCCCUGCUUAUCGCGUCAAAAUCGAGCAAGAUUGACGCCGCCGACUUCUUUGACAAGGCCGAAAAUGUGCUCCUGCCCUACCUCGACUCAUUGCAUGGCUCGGAUAUCGAUGCCAAUGACCAUUCCGUCUUUACCAGCCUGACACAAAAGUUUGAGAAGCGCUUUUUCGAGGAUAUGGAGGCUCUCAAUGUACGGUACCCGGACGUUCUGACCCGAGUCACCGAGUUUGUGCCUCAGAUUGUCACCUUCAUUGAGCAAAUCGUCGCCAAUGGCUUUGCGUAUGCUACUCCCGACGGCUCGGUCUACUUUGACAUUGAGGCUUUCGAGAAGGCUGGCCAUGAUUACGCCAGACUGGAACCGUGGAACAGGAAUGACAAGAGCCUGCAGGCUGAUGGCGAGGGAUCCCUGACCAACAAGAAUACGGUCAAGCGUAACGAUUCCGAUUUUGCCCUGUGGAAGGCGAGCAAAGCUGGUGAGCCGGCCUGGCCGAGUCCGUGGGGUCCUGGGCGUCCUGGCUGGCAUAUCGAGUGCUCAGUCAUGGCAUCCGAGGUGCUAGGCAAGGAGAUUGACCUUCACUCUGGUGGCGUUGACCUUCGUUUCCCUCAUCACGAUAACGAACUGGCACAAUCAACGGCAUACUGGUCCAAGGGCGGACCUUCGGUGCUAUGGACCAACUACUUUAUCCACACAGGACACUUGUCUAUCCAGGGCUUGAAGAUGAGCAAGAGUCUCAAGAAUUUCACCACCGUCCGGUCAGCGCUGUCACGGGGCGAAUACACCCAGCGCUCCUUGCGGGUUGCGUUCCUCAUGGGGGCGUGGCAAGAGGGCAUCGAGAUCACCGAGGAGCUCCUCAAGACCACCGCAUCUUGGGAAGAUAAGCUGAACAACUUCUUCCUCAAGAGCAUAGACGUGGCCAGGCAUCCUACCAAGCCCGAGGGCUCUACGGAGGCCGGCGACAAGCAGUUGCUCGGUGCACUCGACAAGGCAAAGGCAGACCUCGAUGCCGCCCUCUGCGAUUCCUUCAACACCCCCGCGGCUAUGAGAGCCAUCUCCGACUUGGUGUCAGAGUUCAACGUCACGAAGGGCGUGUCCGACGAGGCCGUCCUCACCACGGCGCGCUGGAUCACCAGGAUAGUCACGAUACUGGGUCUCGACGCCGAAGGCGACCUCAAGGACGCCAGCAGGAUCGCGUGGUCGGGCAUCGACAUCCCCGCCUCGGCACAGCCGUACGUCUACCCGGUGUCUCAGCUCCGCGACGAGGUGCGACAGCAGGCGCGCUCGGGCUCGCUCGACUACGAGAGCAUAUCGCAGGCCGCCCAGCGCACGAAGCCCAGCGCGGCAGGCGGCGGCGGCGACGACGAGUCCGCCGCCAGGUACGAGGCCGUGCUCAGCCAGUUCAAGACGGACGUCCAGAAGCUGGCCGGCGACAGGGCCCCGGCCAAGGACCUCCUGGUGCUCUGCGACCAGCUGCGCGACACGCACCUCUGGAACCUGGGCGUCUACCUCGAGGACCGCGACGGGCCCCUGCACGCCAUGGUCCGGCCCGUCGACCGGGCGCUGCUCGCGGCGCGCGCCGAGCGCGAGUCGGCCGCCGCCGCCAAGCGCGAGGCCAAGGCCAAGCGCGAGGCCGAGGAGGCGGAGCGCAGGCGCCUGCUCGAGGAGAAGGCCCGGCUCAGCCACCUCGACAUGUUCCGCACGGCCGAGUUCUCCGAGUGGGACGAGAACGGCCUCCCCACCAAGGACGCCAAGGGCGAGGAGGUGGCCAAGUCCAAGAAGAAGAAGCUGGUCAAGGACUGGGAGAGGCAGAAGAAGCUGCACGAGGAGUGGAAGGCGAAGCAGGGCAGCUGA